GGCUGUUUGAUAUAAACUAAUUUAACCUUAUGUUUCUGUUGACCAAUUUUUUGAAGAAGGACCAAAUAGGUUUUACCACUUUUCAAAGACUUUGAUCAUGGGGAAGAGAUCUCAGCUGAACUCAAAAUGCAUUUUCAAAGACAAAAUAGGAAGCUUCUCAAAGUUUAGAGCUUCCAAAAGAUCUUGUAUAAGACAAAGUAAGUAUGUUACUGAAAAUACCCAUAGUAAGAACGUUGUCCCUCAAAAUGAGACCUCGUGUUCCCAAGUGCAGACAACACAAUUUAUCACGUUUUCAGUUAGUGAGCUACCUGAUCCUCCCAUUAUUCCACUAUACCUGCAAGAACUUCUCGACCAUUUAAGAUCUCUUCAAACUAUUCCCAAGAAUUACCCACCCAAAAAAAGGGUUAAAAGAUUAACAGGAGUGGUCUCAUCCGUUGGAAAGUCUAAAGAAGACACAGGCAGAGAAAGUCUGGCAAAAAGAACAAUCAAUGGAUUCAUGGCGUUCCGUGCGUUUUAUACGCAAGACAUCUUUGCGCCCGACUCGCAAAGAGAACUCUCAACAGUGCUUUCAAAGGUUUGGGCCGAAAAUGAGGAGCUAAACGAGAGCUGGAGCAGAUAUGCUGCUGAAUAUAAUAUUCAAAGAAAACUUAACCCAUGCCUCUCAUUUGUUUCUUGGUUUUUAAUCGUCAAAGAUGGUCUCACUGGUGAAAGAAACGACUGGAGUCGCAGUAUGGCCACACAUUCAGUGUUGACCUCCGUAUUAACUGCGGGCCAGUAUGAGAUUCCUAUUGAUACCCCUUUCAAUAGGAUUGUUGAUGUGAUGCAAUCUGAUAGUGAUUUCAGUAUUUUUUUAGCCGACCCUGAUGAGAAUAUUGAUCCAAACUUAAAAGAUAACUCAUAUAACUAG